UUGUUGUGCGUACGCUUUUCAAAAGUCAAUCGCCCUUUCAUCUUCCUCGAACACCGAUCUACGACGCGUUCCGCCGGCUCCUCCACCGCCUCCGCCUCCGCCUCCGCCUCUGCAGAUUCUUGGGUUUGAUGGAGGAAAUAAUGGGUCUGUUCGGAAUCAGUGAUUUGGUCAAACUCAACUGGGAGGAGGAGUCGUACCCAGUGCCCAAUGACUUCUUUGUCCUCCCCUUGUUCGUUCUUCUUUUCCCUUCACUCAGGCUCGUCCUGGACAUCUUCUUCUUUGAGAGAUUAGCAAAGCGCCUUUUGUUUGGAAAGAAGCAUGCAUUGGUGAAUGUUGAGACACGCGAUAAUCGGAAGAAAGUUAGUAAAUUCAAAGAGUCAGCAUUCAAAUGUGUGUAUUUUUUCACUGCAGAGAUUUUGGCCCUUUCUGUUACAUACAACGAGCCUUGGUUCACCAAAACCAGAUACUUUUGGGUAGGGCCUGGCGAUCAGAUUUGGCCCGACCAGAAAACCAAAUUAAAAUUGAAGGGACUUUACAUGUAUUCCGCUGGAUUCUACAUCUACUCCACCUUUGCUUUGGUGUUUUGGGAAACAAGGCGUUCUGACUUUGUGGUGUCAAUGGCUCAUCAUGUAGCAACUACAAUUUUAAUUGUGGCAUCUUACAUAUUCAAGUUUUCUCGAGUUGGCUCAAUCAUUUUAGCUCUCCAUGAAGGAUCUGAUGUGUUUUUAGAAAUUGCAAAGUUGUCAAAAUAUUGUGGCUUUGAAAUUCUUGCCGGCGUUGCUUUUGUUACUUUCGUUCUCUCUUGGACAGUACUACGUCUUAUUUACUUUCCAUUCUGGAUAAUAUGGAGUACCAGCUAUGAAGCUCUUCUGAAGUUGGACAAGGAGAAGCACAUAGUGGAUGGAUCUAUAUACUAUUACCUGUUUAAUACUCUUCUAAUUUGCUUACUCAUUUGUCAUGUUUAUUGGUGGAAGUUGAUGGUUCAGAUGCUCGUGAAGCAAAUUCAGGCUAGAGGGAAAGUUGAUGACGAUGUUCGAUCAGAUUCUGAAGGCGAGGAUGAUGAACACGACGACUGACAGUAAAAAGACUGUUCAAACUCACCGGGAGAGUCAGCCAGGAGAUAGGUUUGUGCUUUCACCAUAGGGUAGCUCGUCGUGUGAGGUGCCUAUGUAUUCUUUAGAUUACAUUGAAACAUUUUUUAUGAGAUCCAUAUGAUGUCGUAUAAACAGGCAAGCGAAUCUGUUCGUCCAUUUUUUCGUAUUCACACGAGCAAAUGUCUAUGUAUUGUUGAUAUCUGUAACACAGUUGAGUGAAGCGAGGAGGUAGGAUGAAAAACCACCAUAGUUUAUUAUACUAAAAUUACUAUCGUUCGAGUUGUAGUUGUAUAAUAAACAAGUUCUUGGUUUAGCGAUA